ACAUUUUAUGACAAAGCAGAUUCAUCAACACAUUUCUCAUAUACAUGUAAAAAAAUAUAUAUAUAUACUGCCAAUACAAAAAUAACAAGUGUAUUAAUAUAGACUAUAUAAUUCAUAUUUUACCAAUUGUUUUUUUUAAACAUCAAUCUUGAGUUUUACUACACGAAUCUGCUGUUGACAGUCUCAAGGUGAAUCUGUCCAACAGGGAAGUCAAGUGACAUCGGUAAAUUCUGGUUUCCAUUAGUUACCACAGCCACAAAGUAAAAUUGUCUAUAGGCCUAUCAUAAAAGUUUAUGAAAACAAAUAUUUAGGUUGGGGUUAUUUGCAGUGUGAUUAAAGUUCGGUCUAAAAUUUGAUUUUAAGAAGAUAAAUUGUAGAAAUUGGCGGAGGUGGUUUAUGACUUUAAGGCUGUGGUAACUAGUGACGACCGCAAAUUCUCAAACAGCAAGCAAGUGGGAAAGGUUGCUUGGUCGACACGAAGCUAAAUAUGAACGAGACAAUAGAUCUGUAAAAAAAAAAAAAAGAACAAUUUAAAAAAAACGUGCUUUCUUACCAACCUCUUCAACUUCAAACAGGGAAGACAAUAUGAGUGACGCAGCUGCAACCGGAAGGCUAGAGGCACUGUCCUCCUAAAUUAACUGUUGACUGAAAUCAGUUGGACCGCAUUGUUUGCCAUGGGCACCACACUGAGUGAGCCUUGCAUCUACGACAAGCUGUCUGAGAGCAUCGAUAUUCUCCGCCAGUCGGGGUAUCGCUAUGGCAUGUCAGAGCGGGAGAUCGAGAAGUUUAUCAAACAAGUCUUGGAGACCAACGAGCCUCGAAGAGACCCACCACAAUUCCCCAUCCUUCGAGCCACCAUCAAGUUUGUGGUAGCAGUAGGCUUUCUGGUGGUGGUGGUGCUGGCCUUCACCUACCCCCAGACUCGGCCCCAGCUAGGUGUGACGUACACGGGGGGACAUAACUGGUCAUCCCCCCUCAGCCACAUCAGACUGCUGGCUCUGCCCAUUGCCAAGAAAUACAACCUGCAAGGUUUCCAUGAGUGGUGGAGUGCAGGGGCUCUGCAACAGGGCCUGGUCAACUGUUCUGGCUGUGCUGAGGUGUCCUCUGUGCUGGAGGUCCCUGAAACACUCAGAGAGUCUGCAGCCAUGCGCAGAGGUCCACAGCCUGUGCUGCUCAAGGGUGGGGAGUCUCUGUGUCUGCAGAGGCAGCAGCUAGAGGAGCUCUACUCAGCCCACUCCAGCUCCAUGAGUAUACUACUGGAGGAAGAUAACCUACUGUCACAUGAUGAGGGUUUUCCACAGGGCCCUGCAAACUUUACCCUGCUCUGGAGGUUUGCAUCUGGUGCCAGAGAGAAGGUGUUGAGGUGGCUGUUCCCCAAAGCUGAGCUAUGUCCUCUACUGGACAGCGCUGGAACAACACUGCAGCGUUGCCUGGUCACGCAUAGUGCCAACUCUCAGAGCAGAGGGGUGCGUGUGCUGGGCUGGCUGGUGGUAGGAGAAGGGCUACCCACGGUUCGAGUGGUCCCUGUCCACCGCUGUCAAAAACACUGUAGCUCCUUCAACCUCUGGCUGGGACCGGGAGAUAUGGUAUAUGCUGACCCGCGCUACUGGCAGAUGGAGCUGUUCCCCGGCCGAGACCAGAACAUUGUUUGUGACGGUUCCACUUUCUGAGGGAGGAGAGGAAAAACUGAACGAGACAGAAUGGGAGUAAAGGGGAGGAGGAUGGAGGGUUUGGACUUGCCAUCCAGAACUCUUAAACCCUCACUCCAGUCCAGACUUCUUACCGGCUGAGAAUAUCACUUCCUGUGAUUGGACCUUUUAACUGUCCCUUGUAGGCUUGUCCCACCCUCCUCUCUAGGUCUGGAAAAGUAUACUUUCCACAGGCACAAAAGAGACUGAAGAGUUUCCCCUAAUACUACACGCAUCCCUAGCCCCUACUGUUCUCUUGCCUAAUACCAAACCAAUCCCUAAACCUCACCCCUCUCUGGCCUAAUAUCAAACUCAUCCCUAGCCCCUACUGUUCUCUUGCCUAAUACCAAACCAAUCCCUAAACCUCACCCCUCUCUGGCCUAAUAUCAAACUCAUCCCUAGCCCCUACUGUUCUCUUGCAUAAUACCAAACCAAUCCCUAAACCUCACCCCUCUCUGGCCUAAUAUCAAACUCAUCUCUAGCCCCUACCUGUGCCUCUUCAUUGAUAUCCCUUCACAGAUCUGCGGCAACUGGAUGAUUAUAAGCAGGGAGGGACCACACUCGGGCUGGGAGAUGUGUGUUGGUGAGGAAGAGGCUGGAACGUUCUCCCAUUCAGCCCAAAGAAGAGAAAUGGAGAGGGUGACUGAUCUAAUUUUUGGAACAUCAGAAGGCCUUUGCUCCUAUGCUGUGUUCAGUUGGAAUGUUCAAGAUUAUUUUGGUUAUGUAUUUUAGUUGCGAUCAAAUCACAUCCAGAAUUGGACAGUUUUGCAGUGCUGCCCUCCCUCAUCUACUCACUUAUGAACUGGUCUGUAUUCAUCUAAAUUCAACAUGUCGCUGCUAAUGUAACAAUGACAGUUGGUUAGGAGGAUGUGUAAAAUUGAUUUCUACAUUUAAGGUGAAUUGCUUUUGAUAACAAAGUGCAGAAAUUGUAUUUAAUAUAUAGUUGACGGUAAGUGCUUGUGCCAUAAUUUUAAAUGCUGUAUGUUAAUGUUCUUUUCACUGAUUGUUUUUGUUUUGUCUCUGCUUUUUCCCCCUGUCGUCCAUUCGCCCAAGCACUUUAGCUAUCCGGAACUUGUUGACAAUGUCAGUGUUUGAUGUUGUCACACUGUCGCCGUUCUGAGAAUUGAUCCUGUUCUAUUGCUGAACAUAAUAUUUAUACAGUUUUAAUCUCUCAGAAUUCACAAUUUUACACAAUGUCAAGUUAUGGCCAUAUUGUUAAGUUAUACAUUGUCACCGUUUUAAGUAAAUCUGUUUUUAGACUUGUCACUUUGGUUUUCUCAAUGCAUCAAUAACAAUGUGAUUAUGUACUGGUAACUGCCAAAAUAAAGGAAACUCUUGAGUAAAUGAGGGAUACAAAGUAUAUUGAAAGCAGGUGUGGUUCCUGAGUUAAUUAAAUAACAUCCCAUCAUGCUUAGCGUCAUGUAUAAAAAUGCCCGGUUGCCCAUUAUCUACCAUGGCUAGGAGAAGAGAUGUCAGUGACUUUGAAAGAAGGGUCUCAAAGGAGCAUAGGGGGUUUAAGUGGUGUGUCACCAGAUCUCAACUCAAUUGAAUACAUGGGAGAUUCAGGAGCAUAACCUGAGACAGCGUUUUCCUCCAACAAAACAGCAAAUUAUGGAAUUUCUCGUGGCAGAAUGGUGCCUCCAAUAGAGGUCCAGACACUUGUUGAAUUUAUGCCAAGGCUCAUUGAAGCUGUUCUGAUGGCUCAACACCAUAUUAAGACACUAUGUUGGUGUUUCCUUUAUUUGAGCAGGUACCUGUGUAUUUUCAAGGGAAUUCUGUUAUCAGAGCUGCUUUUAUUAUUUUGUCAUGUUCAAAUGAUGUCCAUGUAUUGAAGCCUAAAUGAUUAACAGUGGUUAUUACGGUUAGACUUCAUGACUGGGGAUGUAUUGGCAUGUACUACUGCCAUAUUGUGUAUAUACAUACUGUGAAUGCAACUGUUCUUUGGUAGUACACAUAUCCAAUUCCCUUUGUAUGAACUCUGAGGAUAGUGCCAAAAAUGUCCUUAUUUGAGUCAGUUUUCUGGGUGGAUAACCCAGUCUGAAACCCAGUUGGGUGGUGUUUGAUCUCUUUACUCGAAGCCCAGUUGGGUGGGUGAGAUCUUUAUCAUUGUCUUUGCUGCUCAAAGUAUAUAUUUGGUUCAAGGCCCUCAGCUUUCACCAACCGCUAUCAUCUCCUUCCUGAUCCUGAAACAUUUGCCUUGAGUUCAAGCUUGCCUUUUUCUUAUCACGCCUUACUUACAGUAUGUUAAAUUAUUUAGUUUUGUUUCUGUUAGCAAGGUUAAGACUACUACUAAUGUUGUCCUUCAAGCAGGCUGCACUGGAUACUUUGAUGAAAACAGGGUAAUGUAUGUUGCUGGCUUUAAAGCUGCAAUAUUUAACUUUCUGGGCCACCUGACCAAAUUCACAUAGAAAUGUGAGUUAUAUCUGUCAUUCUCAUUGAAAGCAAGUCUAAGAAUUGGUAGUAGAGCUGUUAUGUGCCGGAUUUCUAUUCUUCCCAUUCUUACAUUUUGUUUGUGUGCCUUUUACUUUCAGUUUGUACACCAGCUGAAAAUACAAUUAAGACAAUUCAACUUGUUUAAAUUGGCUUUGAAUAAUAGCUUUGUGUGAUCAAAUUGCAAUGUGAGUCUAGGUUUACACACACAACCAAAACAAGUGUCUCUGUGUGUGUGUGUGUGUGUCUAAUAGGUGUCAUGGAAAUCCACACUGAUUUGACCAUUGUAUUUUCAGAUAUCCCUUGAAAAAAUGAGACCUUAUAAAAUGUGCAAUAAUCUGUGUUGGAUCGUAAUCAGAGAGCAUUAUAUCAAAUAGUUUGAUUUUCUGCACUCUUGUCAGAUGCUGAAUGUUUAUAUAAUGUUUAUAAAUAAAUGUUUUCUGCUCUA